UUCAUUCUCUGAGGAGUCCGCGAGAGAAGGCCAUGGGUCCCCCGCAUGAAGCAUGCGCAGCUCCUCUGUGCCCUCGGCUGGCCAAGGGUUAACAGGAGGCGAGCUGGAAUCCUAGAGAGGCCAGAAAGUGGGGGGGGCGGGGGUCCCAGGUCCUCCAGAGCGGAAGCCCCUCCUUCCUCCUCUGCCAAGGCUGCCUCGGUGGCCCCUCCUGGGAUCCAGGUUUGCCAGCAUCUCUAUCUAAUUCGGACAGGAAGAACUUUCCAGAAGAAGAAAGGGACUCCUUCUGAUAGCUUGGGAGCUUCCUGAAAACAUAGAUGGAUGAGCAAGACUCGGCUGGCCCUAAAGCAGGAAGAGACCAUGCGAUUGAAUAUGGGAGCACUGGGGGAUUCUGGGAAAACUCUGUGCCGGUGAUCCUGGGUGAGAAGGACACCCUCCACUCAGAUGUCCAGAGCCAGCAGCCCAAGCAAUUCUGCUGCCAGGAGGCUGAAGGACCUCGAGAGGUUUGCAGCCGACUCUACCACCUUGACUGUCAGUGGCUGAAGCCAGAAAGGAACACGAAAGCUGAGAUGCUGGACCUGGUGAUCUUGGAGCAGUUCCUGGCUGUCCUUUCCCCAGAGAUAGAAAGCUGGGUGAGGGAAUGUGGAGCAGAGACCAGUUCCCAGGCAGUGGCCCUGGCCGAAGGUUUCCUCCUGAGUCAGGCAGAAGAGAGGAAGCAGGCAGAGCAUCAGGGAAAGAAUCUGAUGGCAGAAAUGGGUCCUGAUUCCUCUGAGGCAAGGAGGACUCCGAUGGACACCAGGGAGAGACCACUAGGUGACCGGAUGAUGUCAGCAAGACCUCGUGCGUCUUUUCAUGGUGGAGAAGGAAAAGCAGCGGCUAUAGAAGGAGAUCAGGGUCUGGUGUGCUUUGAGGAUGUCGCUGUUCAUUUCACGGACAAGGAGUUGGCGUUGCUGGAUCCUGACCAGAGAGCUCUGCAUGAGGAGGUCAUGGAGGAGAAUCGUGGGCUCCUGGAUUCUCUGGGGGGUGAUGAAAUGGAAAUUAAUAACAAGGGGGACCAAGAAAGAAUCCACACCAUAGAGAAGCCAUAUAAAUACUCAGAUGGUGAAGAUAAUUUUAGUCAGAGCUCCCAGACCACUUCUCAUCAAAUAAAUCCCAUUACGAAUAAACCCUAUCAGUGCUUGGAAUGUGGAAAGAGUUUCUGUCUGAGUAGUCAUCUCACUUCCCAUCAAAAAAUUCAUACAGGGGAGAAACCCUAUCAGUGCUUGGAAUGUGGAAAAAACUUCAUUCAGAGCAUUCAUCUCACUUACCAUCAAAGAAUUCAUACAGGGGAGAAACCCUAUCAGUGCUUGGAAUGUGGAAAGAGUUUCCGUCUGAGUAGUCAUCUCACUUCCCAUCAAAGAAUUCAUACAGGGGAGAAACCCUAUCAGUGCUUGGAAUGUGGAAAGAGUUUCCGUCUGAGUAGUCAUCUCACUUCCCAUCAAAGAAUUCAUACAGGGGAGAAACCCUAUCGGUGCCUGGAAUGUGGAAAGAACUUCAGUCAGAGGAACGGUCUCACUUACCAUCAAAGAAUUCAUACAGGGGAGAAACCCUAUCAGUGCUUAGAAUGUGGAAAGAGCUUCAGUCGGAGCACCUCUCUCUCUUACCAUCAAAGAAUUCAUACAGGGGAGAAACUCUAUCAGUGCUUAGAAUGUGGAAAGAGUUUCCGUCUGAGUCGCCAUCUCACUUCCCAUCAAAGAAUUCAUACAGGGGAGAAACUCUAUCAGUGCUUGGAAUGUGGAAAAAACUUCACUCAGAGCAUUCAUCUCACUUGCCAUCAAAGAAAUCAUACAGGGGAGAAGCCUUAUCAGUGCUUAGAAUGUGGAAAGAGCUUCAGUCACAAAGCCAGUCUUCCUUCCCAUCAAAGAAUUCAUACAGGGGAGAAACCUUUUCAGUGCUUGCAGUGUGGGAAGACUUUCAGAAAGAGCUCAGAUCUCACUUCUCAUCAAAGAAUUCAUACAGGGGAGAAACCCUAUCAGUGCUUGGAAUGUGGAAAGAGCUUUAGUCAAAGUUCACAUCUCACUUCCCAUAAAAGAAUUCAUACAGGGGAGAAACCCUAUCAGUGCUUGGAAUGUGGAAAGAGUUUCUGUCUGAAUGGUCAACUCACUUCCCAUCAAAGAAUUCAUACAGGGGAGAAACCCUAUCAGUGCUUGGAAUGUGGAAAGACCUUCAGUCACAGUAGCCCUCUCUCUUAUCAUCAAAGAGUUCAUACAGGAGAGAAACCCUAUCAGUGCUUGGAAUGUGGAAAGAGUUUCCGUCACAGUAAGACUUGUUGCGUUCACAAAGUAAAGGAAGGAUUGAACUCUGAUUAAUAAGAAUACACACAGAGGCUUGAACCAGCAAGACUCUGGGAAGGGUGCGUAUAAUCGUGUCUAUGCUUGUCCAUCGUACAGCCCCUAGCCCAGGCCGUUUUAUUCACAAAAGAACUUUUUACAGAGCGUUCAAAAGAACCAAUCAUAUUUCUUCUGAGCAUUUCCACAAACCCACGUGGGGAGAAAGUUAACCUAUAAACACUAGUUAUCCAUGCAUACUUUUGGGGUAAAUAAGUUGAGAACUACAAAGGGGUGCAUCUGGCAACCCCAGAGGUGAGAAAUAAACAUGAUAAGAAGGAUGGCCAGAAAGACCAGAUCACUAUCCCCUUCAUGUGAGAUCUGUUUCCUGGCUCCAAGA